CUGAGUUAAUAGACACCGGAGAAUCGGCGAUGAUGACGACGAAGCACGAAGAAGAAUACGGAGUUCUACUCUAUUACAAGUACGCCACCAUCCCGGACCUUCAUCACCUCCACAGCUUCUACGAUUCCAAUUGCCACUCUCUUUCCCUCGUCGGCCGCGUUCGUAUCUCUCCAACUGGUGUUAAUGUCACUGUUGGUGGUAAAUUAUCGGCUUUAAAGAAGCAUAUUGAUGAUGUUAGUUCUAAUAGCUUAUUCGAAGGGACAGAUUUCAAGCUUGCUUCUUGCUCAGAACCAGAUAGUAAUACAAGGGUUGCUAAUGAAUGUGGAUUCACUACACUUUCAAUUCGGAUUGUGAAGGAAUUGGUUACUUUCAGUUCUUUUCCACUUCUAAAAUCGCCUGAAAUCUCGAAUGCUGGGAAACAUCUUUCUGCUUCAGAGUUUCACUCUGUUCUUCAGAAUGCGGGUAAUUUUGGAGAAACGGGUAAAGUUGGUUACCCGAAAAAAGUUAUGCUUUUGGAUGCAAGGAACAUGUACGAGACGAGAAUUGGGAAAUUUCAGAAUCCAAUGGUUGAGACUCUAGAUCCAGAAAUCCGUCAAUAUAGUGACCUUCCUUCUUGGAUAGAUGAUAACUCUCAUAAACUCGAAGGGAGUUGUGUUCUUAUGUAUUGUACUGGUGGAAUUAGGUGUGAAAUGGCAUCAUCAUACAUCAAAUCCAAAGGCGUUGGCUUCGAGAAUGUCUUUCAGCUAUAUGGUGGAAUACAACGUUAUUUAGAACAGUUUCCAGAUGGUGGUUUUUUCAGAGGAAAGAACUUUGUAUUUGAUCAUAGGGUUUCUGUUGGUAGCUCAAAUGCAAGUAUUUUGGGCACCUGUCUUCUUUGUGACCUUCCUUACGAUGAUUAUUCUCCGCGUUGUAGAUGCACUCACUGUAGAAUGCUUGUGUUAGUGUGUAAUAAUUGCCAGGUAUAUGAAAUGGAAAAAAAUACAACAUAUGUUUGUGAGCUAUGCAAGAAAACUGGUAACGAUGUUCCUUUGUUGCCAUUAAUUGGAAGUGGUGAAAUUGAACAAGAAAUAUCCAUUGGAACUGAACCCGAAGCAGUUACAACAUCAAAUCGUACUGAAUGUUUACCUCAGCUCACUCGAGUAGAAGAAAUAACAAUGCCUUCAAGAAAGCUCAGGAUAUUAUGCUUACAUGGAUUCCGCCAAAAUGCUAGCAGUUUUAAAGGAAGAACAGCGUCAUUAGCCAAAAAGCUAAAACAUUUUGCCGAGUUCAUUUUCAUCGAUGCCCCUCACAAGUUACCAUUCAUUUAUCAACCUUCUUUAUCACAACAGAUUCAACCUCCACCCUCAAACAGCUGUAAUAGUAAGUUCGCGUGGUUCGUUAACCCUGAUUUCAUCUCAGAGAGCGACAACCGUGAUUGGAAUAUGUCCGGCUGCCCCUUUGACCCUCUUCAGUUCAUGCAGCAAACCGAGGGCUUCGAUACGUCUUUAGCACAUCUGAAGAACUUAAUAGCUCAAACUGGACCCUUUGAUGGGUUGUUAGGGUUUUCACAAGGAGCAGCAAUGACUGCUUCGGUUUCUGCUCUGCGUGGACAGUUAAAGGGAGAAAUUGAUUUCAGAUUUGUGAUUUUAUGCUCGGGUUUUGCCAUCAAUUUGUCGGAUCAGGAUCUUGGUUCAAUAGAUUGCCCUUCACUGCAUAUUUUUGGUAGCGAAGUGGGUAAAGACAGGCAGAUAGCUUGUGAAGCUAGUAGAGAGUUGGUUUCUUUAUUUGAUCCUGGUUCUGCAGUGAUUAUUGAGCAUGAAUUUGGUCAUAUAAUUCCUCCGCGAUCGCCUUACUUGGAUAAGAUUAAAGACUUCCUCAAACGCUUUCUUUAAUCUAUCGAAAAUGUUUGUUUCCUUCUGAAUUAAGUUAAGGAUUGGGGAUUCGUUGUUUGAACUCUUGUUUUUCAUUUCGAUGCUCUUUGGUCAAGUUUUGAAAU